UGGUGGUUCCCUUCUUACCAUCAUGGACCAGACAGCUGCCAAAAAGAUUCUUCAAGAACUGGUGAAGCGGGAAGAUCUUGGGAAUCGGGCGUGUGUGGACUGUGGGAGUCCUAACCCGCAGUGGGCGUCUCUGAGCUUUGCGGUGUUCAUGUGUCUGCAGUGUGCGGGGAUGCAUCGUGGGUUUGGGGUGCAUAUAACGUUUGUCCGGUCGUUGUCGAUGGAUACGUGGCAGGAUGACCAGGUGAAGCGUAUGCAACUCGGUGGGAAUGCCCGGUUUCGUGAAUUCAUGCGGGCGUAUACGCCGGUUGAGCAGGGCGGGUAUACUGAUUCGUUGAGUGUGCAUGAUACGUAUCAUUGUUGGGCUGCCAGUCAGUAUAAGCAAAAGCUUGAUUACGAGUUGAUGGACAAGGAAUGGUCGCCCUCGGCUCCGCCUGAACCUGCUUCGCCUGCAUUGCGUAAAUCUCGGAGAGGAGCGUCGUCUUCGCCCGCACCGUCGUCGCGUUUCGCAGAGUCCACCCCGCCCAGAGAGACGCCCUCGCCUGCCCUUAACCAGAAAGAGGCAAACGAGAGCUACUUUAAUUCCCUCGGACAGAUGAAUGCCAGCCGUCCUGACCACCUCCCUCCAUCCCAAGGCGGACGCUACCAAGGCUUUGGGAGCACGCCCACCCCAUCGCAGAGUGGAUCCUCCACCACCAUCCAAGAUAACCCCAUGGCUGCACUCAGUAAAGGCUGGUCGUUCCUCUCCGCUGCAGUCGUAGGCGCGUCCAAAGUCGUCAACGAAAAUGUCAUCCAACCGGGCAUGGAAAAGGUGUCGGAUCCUGAGCUUCAAAAGAACGUCAAGGGUUACUUGGAGGGUGCAAAGAAGGGCGCGGUGAGUGUUGGGAGUACUGCGAAUGCUUGGGGGAAGAAUCAGUUUGGAGUCGAUGUCGCAGGAAGUGUCGGCGAGGUUGUGGGCAAGUUGGGUGGUGGGCCGUCGAGGGAAGGGUAUGGGGCUGUGCCGACUGGGUGGGAGGGCGAGAGGAGGUCCUUGUAUGCAGACGAGGACGAUGACUUUUUCGAGCACAAUACCAAAGCCCCGACGCCUCCUCCAAAGAAGCCUGGCGAUGGAUGGGAUGACGACUGGAAGGAUUUUUAGAUUAUUAUUAGAUUCACCU